AUGGGCGGAAUAGAGUUUCGCAGGUUGCAAUGGGAGGAGUUUUUUCACGCGCUGGCUAGUGAAUUGACGGGAGAUGAGGAGGGAGGCUGGACAUGCGGCUCCAUUCAGCGGUCGAUGGGAGUCUUUGACCCGAACGUUGAAAAGAAUCUCGGGACUCGUCCACGGCCGUGUCACAACGGCUCCCGCACCCGAAGGAUCAAAGAACUAACAGCAUCCGCACCCCGAAGAAGAUGCGGCUUCGGCUUCGGCUUAGCCCCAGCCAGAAAUACCAUCAUCAGCUCUGCCUAUCCCGCUUUUUUUUUUCUUAGACGCUUGACGUUGCUUUUUUGCCCGCUUGAGUCAUCGGCGGGUUCCAAACUAACUAGCUUGAGCAAUUGGGGCUCCUUGCAGAGGCGUCCAAUGGAAGCUGUGCAGCUGGUGCUCGGGUGCGUCGCCGAUUUGCUCGGUAUGGGGAAGGAAUGGAGGAGAGGAUAUAGUGGCCUACUUGAUAUUGAUAUAUUCACCGUCACGAUGGUCGUAUUACCACGUCUGGGUGUUGAACCUAACCCCGACUUUCCCAAAAACGCACCUCCUCGUCCAACUCCGGUCUCCAGCUCUACUCCCACCCCCACCGACAUCAUUGCCAGCGUCACAAGCAGCGUAACAUCAUCUCCAACCCCAACAAGUACAUCAGACGCAAAUGGAUUCAUACAGAUUGCUUCGGAUGGCACACCUGGAGACAAGAUCCUCCGCGGGUUCCUCAUCGGCAUGGCCAUUGGCAUCAUCCUGAGCCUCGUGCUGUGCUGCUGGACGCCAUGCUGCCGGAAGAAGCGGCGGUCACGGCUAGAGAGGAGAAACGAUAAUAUUCGGAGGAGACUGGUUGUUCUCGAGGACGAGGCCUGGGUGAACCAGAAUUGGCCGCAGAGGAGACCAUGGGAUGUUGGUGAUGAUGAGAGCCAGAGCCAUGUGAGCCACGACUAA